AUGAACAACAACACCGAUACUAACAACAUUGAUACUAACAACAUUGACAACAGCGAAAGUGCUAAAAGAGUGAAAAAUGAAAAACAGCAACAAGCCACAAAAACAAUUAAACUUCAAGCACUCUUGCCUCGUCGGCGUCAUCAUCAUCCAUUAGAACCUAAAAUUGAAAAUGAAUUGGAUUUUCCAAUGUCAUCAGAUGAAGGAGGAAAUGAUUCUGGAAAAAUGGGAGCGGAGAAAUAUCAAAAAGAGCGUCAAGAAAGAAUCAAGUACUUUAAAGAAAUUGAUAGCUUCCAAAUAAACUUUAAAUAUGAUGAUACCGAUGAUAACUUUAAGGAAAAAAAUAUUGAUGGAGUAUUGACAGUUGAUGAUGAUAGUGACGAAAAUGAAGAAAUAUAUGAAGUGGCGGCGAGAAAAAGUAGUAAAAAAAAAAAAAGAAUUUAUGCAAACGUGAUAUUGUUUCGAGCAAGAAGUGCAAACGUGGACAAAUAUAUGCUAAAUAAAUAA